AUGCUAGAACCAUCAAUUCAAAAACCUCGUAAAAGAAGAGCCAGAACAGGCUGCUUGAAUUGCCGUAAAAAGCAUAAAAAAUGUGACGAAACUAAACCAAAUUGUUCUACAUGUAUGAAAAGAUCAGAAGCUUGCGAAUGGCCUAUGAACAAUGGACGGUUUAAUAAAAAUUCUGUAAGUGGAAUAUCUGGAAUCAUAGUCCAAAAUAAUGAAACAGAAAACUUGGAUAGAUAUGCUGAUCGUUUACUUAAAAAUUUUAAUGAAAAAGCUGCCUCCACUAAUGAUUUGGUGGAAUCCCCUGCUCGAAAAUAUUCGCUGUUUUCUAAUGAUGAUUCCAAUUCUUUAUCUAUGGCUUCAAAUUCUUCAAAAUCUGUACUGCUUGUCUCACCACCGAGUGAUCACGUUUCAUCCAAUAUUAAUCCUGGAAGAAAUAUGGUUCCUCCAAUGUUAAAUUCUAAUGACUCACUUCAAAAAGUUCCAUUGAAUCAAAUAUUAAAUUCAAGUAAAUUAUCUCCUAGCGAUGGAGGAAAUAAUAAUGAUAGUAUGUUUACACCUCAUGAAAGUCCAUCGAAUAAAAGAGUGAAUGGAAACAUUGAGACCCAAAAUAAAAUUAUCACAUCACCUUUUGAUACAGGUAAUCCUAAUAUAGAAAGUACGACAAACAAACAGGCUUAUUUUAACCCAGAUUCAAAUCAAGGUAAUGGUUUCAAUAACUGUAAUAACCCGGGCAUUGAUGGCUCACCCGAAACAAGAGUUGAUAGUAAUUCUACGUAUUCUUUCUCCCCUUCGGAUUCCUUGGCCCCAUUUUUGCUCUAUAAUGAUCUACAUAAUACAUUGAGAGAUUACAUGUUUACAAAUGCAGAGCUCAAUGACUUUACAACGACGGCAAAUUUUAAUAAUAUCUUAUGUUCACCAGCCCCAAAUUUCUUGUCAAGAAACUCCAGUAAGAAUUUGCAGGAUCUACUAACUAAUCCAACAGAUAAUUCUAAUAAAGAAUUAGAUGUCAAAUCACCUGCUAAUAUCAAUAAUAAUAAAGUUAGUGACAUUCUAAAUAGUUUUCUGACGGAGCUAUCAUCCUCCGAAGAAUUAGAAUUAUUUAAGAAUUAUCUAUAUGAAGUUGCGCCUUGGUUGGAUAUGUUUGAUAAUUCUAAUCAGUUUGGUACUACGGUUGCUGAUCUUGCUCAGGGUAAUAAAGCUUUAGUUUAUGCUAUUUAUGCUAUAUCUUCUAGGCAAAUGGAACAAACAGACCCAGAAUAUCCUUCAGAAAAAACGAUUAAUUUAUACCAAGAAUCUUUAAAGCAUUUGAUUCCUACAGUAAACAAGAUUAUUGAUAGAUCAAUAAUAUCAGCAUGUGUUAUAUUGUGUGUUUUUGAAAUGAUGUCCUCGUCCCCUAAAGAAUGGCGACAUCAUUUGGAAGGUUGUCAUGCACUAUUCGAGGCCAAUGAUAUUAAUGGCUUUAGUGGUGAUUUGGAAAAAAGAUUAUUUUGGUGCUAUGCAAGAAUGGAUGUCAACUCAGCGGUUAUUGGAGAGCAAUGUACUAUAAUUCCUUCAGAAAGUUGGCUUCCUAAGGGAUGUUCAAUUUAUGAGCUGAAACGAUUAUUUAAUGAAACCAACGAUGACGAUAUGUAUGCAAAUUAUAUCGUAUUUUUAUGUUCUAGGGUAUUAAAUUUGAUAACCAAAGAUCCUAAAAAUUUUCAACAAGAAUGGGAAUUUUUAUGGAACGAAAUCAUAGAUUGGAAUCUUAAUAGACCAUUUCAUUUGAAACCAAUCUUGAGCUAUGAUGACAAACCAUUUCCCGGAGUUUUAUUUUUGAAUGGACCUGCAAUUUCAGCUAACCAAUUAUUCCAUAUGGCUGUAAUAUUGUUAACCCAGAAUAAGCCAAGGCUAUACAAAAUAAAGCCCUCAUCAUGCAUUGUAUGUAUUAGAAUUAUUUCUUAUCUUAUGCAAUUACUAACCUAG